AUUAAAACAAAUGACCUCGGUUCGUCGGACGCAUCUUUGUGAAUAAAAGGGACGCGCACGCGCACGCCGGCACAGUCGCGCAGUGAACCGAAACAUGAAACUCCUAAUCAUCUCAGCGUGCGUGGCUCUCGCCUUCGCCGACGUCUCCCAUCUGUCGGGGCCGGAGGCUAACGCCAAGAUCAUCAGCCAGGACCUGGACGUGAGUCCCGAGGGAGCGUACCAAUGGUCCUUCGAGACCGAGAACGGCAUCGCUGCGAAGGCCAGCGGAGUGCUCAACAACCCUCAGAGCCCUGACGCAGCACAGAUCUCCCAAGGAUCCUCACAAUGGGUGUCUCCCGAGGGAGAAGUGGUGAGGCUGGAGUAUGUCGCUGAUGAGAACGGAUACCAACCACAGGGUUCCCACAUCCCCACUCCACCCCCGAUCCCCCCAGAAAUCCUGCGCGCGCUCGAGUACAUCCGCGCACACCCUCCCGCGCCGGAGAGGAAAUGAGAACCCACACCCACCAUAACAUUAUAUUAUAAGUUAUUAUGUACAAAUAUCGAAUAAACAAUUGAAAUACUA